AUGGUUACAGGUAGCGUGACUCACAUUGGCAACGAUACUUACAAUGCUACACUGCGGCUAACGUUUGCUGGAGAAUAUAUAAUCCUUGUUAUUUUGACGUACAUUAACAACGAUAGUCUCGAAUAUCGUCACCACACUAAAGCUGUUCUGCAACACGUGGGUAACAGUCCGUUUGAUCUCCCGGUAUCCCCGGGUCCUUACCCCGGGGGGUAUACCCGAUACUGUAGUCAAGAAGAAAGUGGUACUGCCCCAGGAAGGUGGGUUGAAUGUGGCAGUAUUCCGGGGAUUGAAAGAUGCGGGCAGUGGCAGCUUGAUCCCUUGUACGACUUUGAUCAGAUCCACGGUUUUCACUGGCUGCCAUAUUUUUGUCAACUGCAUCAUUACAGCAGUGAUGAAAUCAAGAAAUGCUUCGCAAAACAAGGUUGGUCAGAGAUUGUUUUUACGGGAGACUCGCACAUGCGCUAUAGAACUUAUCACUGGGUCACGAGAUUGCAUGGCUCAUGUCACGGCUGCAUUAAAACACACGUCAAGAUGGUGUUUGACAAAAUUCCACGCAUUGAGUGGGUGUUCGACGCGCGUGGAACGCGAUGGCCUCUCACUUUCCCAAACAUUUCGAUGCCACACGAGAUAUAUGUUCAUCCGAGGACAAGGCGCUCUAUGUUCUCCAAAGAACUACCUUCCUCUGUAUUCAGUGGCAAACUAUUUCUCAUGAACUUUGGUCACUGGAUUUUGCGGGAAAGCACCAAGAGAAGGUUUAUGGCUGAAAAACUGCGCGCUUUUGUUGAAGCAAUUCAAGCAAUGAACAACUCUGGCGAAGCUCCCAAGAGAUUUCUUUGGGUGAACACGGUUAGUCUUCCUUGGAGAGAAGAUCGGGCCAUGAUAGAAUGGUUGGAAAACCCAUCUCCUACUCGUGUUGCGCAAUUGAACGGUCUAACAGACGAGGCAAUGCGCCUGGGCAGUGUUCAGAUUGUAGACGCUUUUCAGAUAUCCAACAGUCGCAUAGGUGCUACGCAUGAUCAGACGCACUAUGCCAAAAGGAUGGAGAGAGGAGACUGUGGGGGAGUAGUGGAGAACGCCAUAAGUAAUGUGAUAGCUAAUGCUCUAUGUAACUAUGAUAAUUGGUAG